AUGCUUCAACAGCUGGCAAACAUCUGUCACAUCGAGUACACUUGUGCUCGUCUUGUCUCUCAUCGAGAGGUCCAGGAUUAUCAGGCACAGUGUUGGUUCGUGAGAGUUCCAAAUGCCCUGGAUGCGAAAGGAAACGCGCGCAUUGUUAUGAGACACAAGCGAUUGACGAAGCAAAACAUCUUGCUACAAGCUCUGUUAAGUCUCGCCCACAGAGAAACAACUCUUACCAAGCCGGAAGAGACUCUCGAAGUCGCCUUAAUUGGCAUCAGUAUAGAUGCUUUCGAAGAGUCAAACGCUGCCGAGGAUCAAGCUAUCAAUUGCCUGCUACGUGCCGCGGAGUUGAUCAAGAACAUGCCGUUGACUUUCGACAUGCCACCAUUUUCACGCUCCCUAGACUUCAUGUUAGUCACCAAAUCUCUUACCCUUAAGUCCAUAAUGAUACUUGCCAAGCCGCACCUUGACAUUGCGAGAAUUAUGUCGUCAAUCGUCGACCCUCAGCUGGAACCAAAGGUUGGACAGGCGGUGCAGCGCCAGUGUGAUGCCACCGUGGAAGUCGCAGCAGCAUGCAAGUCACCAACGAUAACGAAAGAGGACAGCCCGGCCCAACCAGCAUGCAAUUCGCCGACGAUGACGAAGGAGGACAGCCCAGCCCGGCCAGCAUCUCUUAAUAAGAAGAAAAAGAAGCCCAAAGGCAGAUCGAAGCCAGAGUCUGAUAAGCCAACUGAACCUGCUCCGAAAGCCCGGCCCUUGCUCCAAAGGACCGCGCUGACGCAAGGCGUUCCGCCGACGCAGCGCGUUGAGCCGCCACAACGCAAGAUCAUAGUCAGCCCCUCCGCUGCACAAGUGUUUGCGACUCUAUUCGACAGAUCGGAGUUGCGAGGCGGACUGCACUGGGCCAGCUUUGAGGCCGCCAUGGCGGAACUCAAUUUCCGCAUCACACCGCGGCAGGGAUCGAGCUUCCAUUUUGAGCCGCCAAAGGACCUUGCUCUGCGGAGCUCGCUGACCGUCCACAGACCUCACGGGCCGCGGAUUGAAGGUUUUAGGAAGCUGAUCCUGAGCCAAAGACUGGCACGCACAUUUGGAUGGGAUGCUGAGACAUUUGUUGCUCGCUAG